ACAUUUGUCCGGACGAAACUGACGUUAGAAAUAACGAUACAUUGACAUUGGAAUCAGCACCUGAUACAUCUAAUCAAGAAUAUAUAGAUGCAUGCAAAAUGCAAAACGACAUCGACAAAGAAAUCGAAAAUGUCGUUUUGCAUGUAGAUAGCAACAUUGAUGUAGAUCGUUUGUGUUCUGCCGAUGAACGAAGCAUCGUAAAUUUUGGGCACGUUUUUUCGGAAUUGCAAAGAUUGUCAACCCAUUGGCAGAAUUCAUGCCAGUUCACUGAUCUCGUCAUAACAAAAACGAUGCGUUCCGGUCUCAAAACAAAAUAUUUCGUUGAAUGUCGAAUGUGUCACUUCAAAGGUGAUUUUUGGAGUGAACCGACAUCUGACGAAAUAUUGGAUGUCAAUCAAGGUGCCGUAAUGGGUACCAUAUUGACAGGGACUGGAUAUACGCAAUUAGAGGAAUCAUUAGCUGCAAUAGAUAUAAAAUGCAUGAACAAAAAUACGUUUGCCAAAUGCCACGACGAAAUGUCCGAAGCUUUAGCCGCCGCUGCAGAGAAAGAAAUGCAGGAGGCUGCUAAAGUGGAAAGACAAUUAGCAAUUGCAAGGGGUGAUGUCACUGACGGUAUUGCAUAUAUACCUGUGAUAACAGACGGUUCCUGGAUGAAAAGAUCGUACCGCAGUGGCGGUUACGAUUCUCCAUCUGGGGCGGCUAUUAUCAUGGGUUAUUAUACGCAAAAAGUUUUAUUUGUCAGCGUGCGAAACAAAUAUUGUU